AUGGAUGAGGAAGACGAGGACGGCGUAGUCGAGCCCGAUCCGGCUGCUUCGGCCGCACUGCAAGGAGGUGGCAGGGGGAUCGCGAACUUGAAAUCCUCGGCCAACCGGGCGCUUGCAGAAUAUCCAGACUCAACCCGGGUGAACCGACGGGCACCGGAUUUCGUACCCCGCCAGCGCGUCUCGCUUGGGGGACACCAUCAUGCGCAUUGUUUCGCCGUCUCGGGGCACAAACUAUGUACGGGCGGUAGCACGAUAAAGGUAUUUGACCUGACUUUGGGAGAUGGGAAGCCGAUCUUGGUAGUAGAGCCCAGGCAUAUUGGUAUAGAAAGCAAGGGCAAGGACAUCAAGAUGACGGCCAUGUCGUUUCGGUCUCCAGCGUCUUCAGACGAUGAGGGCAGGUACCUAUGGUGUGGGACCAAUGUGGGACACAUAUGCGAGCUCGAUACCUUGACGGGCGAGAUCACGGACGUCAAAGCAGGUCUACAUGCAGCUUCUGUCACGCAUGUGUUCAGGCACGACGAGUGGAUGGUCACCCUCGACGAACUCGGCAAGGCGCACGUUUUUGGGCCGUUUGCGGGCGGAGAAGAGGUCUCGCGAAGACAGACGAAUGCGCCCUGCCGGACCUUGAGAACGGCGGACAGGCAGAAUUUUGCAACCAUGUUGGGCGGUCAGUUGUGGACCGCUUCAGGGCCCGCCGCGAGGUCUACGACCAACAGCGCCCUGCGAGGCCCGACAUUGCGAGUGUACGACCCUUCGGGUGUAACGUCAGGAAACACGGCGGGCAAAACGACCUUUACCUCAGAGUGGACCGGCGCUGUGACGGCCGCGACUGUCGACCCGUUUGACAAGCGGUCCGUGUAUCUCGCUCACGAAGGCGGAUACGUUUCCAUCUUCGAUCGAGACUCGUUGGUCUGCCGACAAGUGCUCAAGAUUUCGCCGACCGACAUUCUCGGGCUGGAGUAUGUCGGAGACUACCUCUGGGCGGGGACAAGAGGUGGGACGAUAAACGUAUAUGAUACGAGGACUAGCCCGUGGACGACCAUUAACACAUGGGUUGCGCAUCCUGAGUUGCCUAUACAACGGAUCUAUGCCGACCCGUAUUCGAUCGAUCAGUCUGGCAAGUAUGCUGUUUGGUCAUGGGCGCGAGAUGGGCUUCACGCAUGGGACGGUCUACUUAGUGUGGACUGGAUCGAGACGGCCAUGCAAGAGCGUGAAGCGGAAUACUGUCGUUUCCGAGACCUGACAGUGCUCAUCUCGUCUUGGAAUAUCGACAGCUCAAAGCCAGGCGACCUGUCAGGUUCCCCUGAGAACCAGAGUUUCCUGCAGCAAUGCCUUACUUCGGUCGAAACGCCAGAUGUCAUUGUCUUUGGAUGGCAAGAGGUCAUCGACCUCAACAACAGGAAACUGACAGCCAAGACCAUGCUGUUUGGCAGCAAGAGCAAACAGGACGGACGUGGUAAUACCGAUGGCGUCUCGCGAGCUUAUCGGGAUUGGCAAGACAAGCUACAGAUGGCCGUUCGCAUGAACACUCCUCCAGAUUGUGCAUACACCAUGCUUGAUGCCGAAUCUAUGGUGGGGUUGAUGACGGUCGUCUUUGUGAAAUCGUCGUUGAGGGACUCCUUGCGAGACGUGGCCAUCACUACGAUUAAGAGAGGAAUAGGCGGAGUGUACGGCAACAAGGGGGCCGUGGUGGCCAGGAUGACAAUAGAUGACAGUUCGGUCUGCUUCAUCAACGUGCACUUGGCCGCAGGGCAGAGCCACAAGGCAGCUCGAAAUGCCGAUGUCGCGGGAAUUCUGGAGGAGAAAGCAGUAUUCUCAACCUCGGACACGGGCAAAGGUUACGUCAAUGGAGGCGAUGGCUCGGCAAUUUUGGAUCACGAGACCGUCUUUCUGAACGGAGAUCUCAAUUACCGGAUUGAUCAACGACGGGACAACGUCAUUUCGACCGUAAAUGCCGGCGAUCUGGAGUUUCUACUCGAACACGAUCAACUGCGCAAAGAGAUCAAAGGAAACACGUCGUUCCGACUACGAUCGUUCCACGAAGCACCGAUAGCAUUCGCGCCAACGUAUAAGUACACGCCUAAUUCUACCGAAUACGAUCAGUCUGAAAAGAAACGAAUCCCUGCCUGGUGCGACAGGAUCCUUUGGAAAUCUAGGCAAGAUGAGCGGGUAGAAUGCCUACACUAUCGACGAUACGAGCCCACCGUAUCGGAUCACAGGCCAAUCUCGGCGGCCUUCAAGCUUACGGCCAAAUCGAUCGACCCAUCAGGUUAUGCCGCGAUCCGAGCAGAAGUGGAAAAAGAAUGGUUCCAGCGUGAGGGCGACCUAAUGCAACGCAUAGUGGACGCUUUCGAAGAUUACAAGUAA